AUUUCAUUGCGUCUUCUGUCGGGCCCUCUUCGUUUAUAAUAUUAUUAUCUAAACAGAACCCUCGUUGCACUCGUUUUAUGGAGGAAUAUUUUGAGCCAUUUAUGCUCAUCAUGUGCAACCAUUUCAUUGAGCUGGAAGAAAACUUCAUCAUCUGAUCAAGAUAUCAGAGGGAUCAAUCAACCUUAAUAGGAAUUAUGGUGAAAUCCCCCUAUUAUGACGAAUUAAGUGGACUGAAGAAAGGUGCGUGGAGUCCUGAAGAAGAUGACAAGUUAAGGGUUUAUGUUCAGAGAUAUGGCCAUUGGAACUGGCGUGAGCUUCCCAAGUUUGCUGGUCUAUCAAGGUGCGGGAAGAGUUGCCGACUACGUUGGAUGAACUACCUCCAGCCAGAUGUAAAACGGGGAAACUACACCAAAGAGGAAGACGAAGUCAUCCUCAAAUUACAUGAAGAACUUGGGAAUAAAUGGUCUAUUAUCGCCUCUAAGUUACCAGGAAGAACAGACAAUGAAAUAAAGAACCAUUGGCACACCCACCUAAAGAAGCGUGCAAAGCAAAACCUGAGGAAGUUCGAGGUGAAAGAUCACCUUCUGCUCAGUGAGGCUUCCCACUGCGAAAAAAGCCAAACCAAUAAAGAUCACUCAGAAUCUGAAAGUGUUCCUGCUGAUUAUGCUCCGUCUCACCAUAUUUUAGAGAGCUCUGUAUUGUCCCAGGAAACAGCAUGUUCAAGUGAUUUCACCUCCUCCACCAGCUCUCCUCACGAUCAACUUUCGUCUGGCGUAAAUUGGGCUGUAGAUCAAGACAGCCAGCUCGGGUUGUCAGAAACAUUUGAUCAAUUUAGUGGAGAUUUCUGGACUGAACCAUUUGUAGCAGACAACACAUUCGUAUCAAAUUACCGUCCAUCACCCAGCUUAUUUGAUGGGGAAUUCACAUCACCAUAUGCUUCGUAUCAUAAUAAUGGCUCGGAUUUGUGUUGGGAUUUGGGUUUUUAGAAAGUUUUGUGUCCAUUUCUGUUUUGCAUAUUAAUUAGUACGCUUCACUUAGGCGGUGCCGUUUGCAGAGGA